AUGGCUGGAAUAGCGUCAUGGCAGGUGCACUAUUGGGAGAGAGGAUGGGUGCUUGUGUGGGCGAUCUUCGGAGGAUUUUCGUUUAUCGGAAGCAUGUUCCUUUUGGUUGCUUCGGGAGUUACGUCUGGGAUCGGCGCCAUGCUCUGGUCGUUUCAGCUCGUCGCGUGGUGUGUCCAGCUCGAAUGGAUCACCAUCGUCCAUUACAGGCGGCUUGGUUACCGCAUGAUGAAGCAGAAGCAAGAUAAUGCAUGA